CCAGUAUAUUCGAAGCGCUAGUCUAUCAAUGACUUUCGUAGCUUUCAACCCCUCAAUCGAGUUUGUUUACAUUCGGAAUCUUAAAAAUCUUUGUGAAAAAAAGUUUCUUAAUUAAAAUAACUUAGUAAAUACAUCAAAAUGAUACUUGGGAACCGAUUAUCAUUAAAAUAGACUGAUUGUUCCUUGUUAUAAAAGUAAAUAAAAAUGAAUGUAGAAGGAAAUUUGUCUAAUCUUUCGGCUGUAUGCUUUACACCACGUGAAUAUCAAAUUGAAUUGUUAUCAGCAGCGAAAGAAAGGAAUAUAAUCAUAUGCUUGUCAUCAGUUUCUGCACGAGAAUUUUGUGCAUUAAAGCUAAUCCAAGAAUUAAGCCAUGAAAUUAGACGAAAUGAGAACCGGAAAAUCUCAUUGUUCCUUACAAGCAGUAAAUCAGCCUAUAAUCUCAUCUACUAUCUUACUGAUCUUAAAGUUAUUAAUUUAAAUGGAUUAAAUGACGAUGAGAUUGAAUGGGAAAAUAUUUAUGACAAUCAGGUUAUAUUAUUAGAGACAAAGCAAUGCCUCGAUGCCCUAGAAUGCUAUUAUAUAGACCUAAAUAGAGUUAAUUUAAUAGUUGUUGAUGAAUGUCAUAAUAGGACGAGAAAGUCAGAAAUAACAGACAUUUUCUUUAAUUAUUAUAAGGCAACACUCGAAAAGCCAAAGAUAUUUGGUCUAGCUGGGCCAAUUCAUUCUGCCGCUUGCUCUCCAGCACGUCUUGGUGCUGAAUUAGAAUAUUUAGAGACACUACUUAAGGCGAAAGCUGAAACUGCUAGUGAUAUUGUAACUGUACUAAGAUAUACGUCAAAACCAAUCGAAUUUGUUGUUGAAUGUGGCAUAUCCAAUGAAACGGAAGUCUCAAAUUAUAUAAGAAACUUGGUACUAACAAAAAAGGCCUACUUGCUUGAUCAUCGCUAUGAACUGUCUGAAAUAUACAGCGAGGAUGAAUAUAAAGAUGAGCUUGAAAAUAUUCCGGAUCCAAAGGAUGAACCAUUAAGGAUACUCGAUGAUUUCUUACUGAUUUUAGAUGAACUAGGAGUUUAUUGUGCUGAUAAGGCAGCAUUAAUUAUUCUAAUGCAAACUGAGAAGCUCAAAGUUAAGACAAAAUAUGAAAGACACUUUCUAUUACUAUGUUUAGUCACUUCCACCCUUGUCCAAAUCCGUUCCUUUUGCGAUCUAAUCUUUCAGUCUAUAAAAACCGAACGUGAACGAAUUGAGAAGUUUUCAACGCCAAAAAUAACUCGAAUUUUGGAAAUUCUUCGAUUAUUUAAGCCAACGAAUGUCCGAGAGCAAAAAGCUAGGGAUAAGCCGAAAGUCGAACGUACAGAAGAGGCUGAAAAAGGCGACUUGAUAGAAUGUAAGGAAAUAAUUAGUGAUCUUAACAUUAAACAAAUGUGUAACAUGAUGAAUUCAACAGGUGAAAAAAUUAAUAAAAUUGAGGCAGACUUGGAGACUUUGAAGGCAUCGGUAACAAAAAUGAGCAAGGAAAUUGGAAGUCAGCCAGUGGUUCCAGUGGCUAGAAAUCAUCAUCGCUUCAGUAGAUUUAAAAAUCGUCGAAGAUUUUAUCCACGACAAAGACCAAACCAAAAUGAAUCGGAUAUCCUUUGUGGAUUAAUAUUCUGCAGUUCCGUUAUAACGACAAAAGUUCUAUUCUGUUUAUUCUGUGAAAUGUCAAGGCAUGACCCAGACUUAAAGUUCCUAAACGUACAAUAUACAAUUGAUAAAAUUGCUGAUCCAAUAACAGAUGCAAAGGAAGCUGAAAAUGAGCAUCGGAAGCAAGAGGAAGUUCUUAAAAAGUUUCGAAUGCAUGAAUGUAAUUUAUUAAUUAGCACGACUGUACUAGAAGAAGGAUAUGACUUACCAAAAUGUAAUUUAGUUGUAAGAUUUGAUCAACCAUCAACAUAUAGAAGUUAUGUGUACUGUAAAGGACGUGCUAGAGCUAAUAAUGCUCUACAUAUAAUUAUGGUUUCGCCAAAAAUUAAUGAAAAUUACUACAAAAGUCUAUUAAAUGAACAAUUGAAUCCAAAAACCCACAAUUAUUCAUGUAAUCUUAUUAGAAACAGAACUAAUGAUAAUUGUGACGACGAUGAUGAUGAUGAUGACGAGGAAGAAAGUGGAAGUGACUCAGAAAGUUUAGAAAGUAAAAGCACCACUAACAGUGAAGAGUCAAUAACAAUUGUUGAAGAAAAAUGUGUAGAAGAUUGUGAAAAUAAUGAGACACUGCCAUUAGAACUUUAUGAUCCAGUAGAGAAAUUUACAAAAUUACAGAUUGACAAGCUUGCUGAAUAUAUGGAAAUUGAGAAGAUGCUGAUUAGAAAAUGUGAAAAUAAAGAACCGCCAAUAAGUGAAAUUUCACAUGCUGAAAAGUUUACUGCUUUUAUUCAAUCUUACCAGCCAUUAGCAACACAAGAUUCUGUCCAAGUUAAUCUAUCAACUGCUAUAUCCUUAAUAAAUAAAUAUUGUGCUAAACUUCCGUCCGACACGUUUACAAAAUUAACGCCAAUAUGGCGAUGCUGCAAGACAAUUAGGAAUGGAAUUACUUUAUAUCAAUAUACAUUAAGAUUGCCACUGAAUUCUCCUAUGAAAUGUGACAUAAAUGGAAUUCCAAUGCCAACUAGAACACUCGCAAGACGUGUAGCUGCAUUAAUUGCUUGUAGAAUGUUACACAAAAGUGGAGAACUUGAUGACAAUUUACAGCCAAUUGGAAAAGAAGGAUUUAAAGCUAUUGAACCAGAUUGGGAUUUAUUUGAGCUAGAAAAGGUUGAUGAGGAACUUAAUAAUGAGAAUUGUGAUUUGAGGCCAGGCACAACGAAAAGAAGACAGUAUUAUUAUAAAAGAAUUGCUUCAGUAUUUUCAGGAUGUCGUCCAUCGACUAAAACUAAAGCUUUCCUUUAUCACAUCACAAUGGUGUUACAAUGUCCAAUUCCUGAGGAACAAAAUACUCGCGGACGAAAGAUUUAUCCGCCUGAAGAAGCUGUUCAAAGUUUUGGAAUUCUGACGACAAAAAAGAUUCCAAAAAUUUCAGCAUUUCCAAUUUUUACAAGAAGUGGGGAAGUAAAAGUUUCAUUGCAGCUAAUUAAAUCGGAUGUGACACUUGAUGAUGAUCAGCUCCAGAAGAUUAAUACAUUCAUUAAUUAUACAUUUACAAAUGUUUUGAGAUUAAGAAAAUAUUUAAUGUUAUUUGAUCCUGAAGCUGUUGAAAAUAGCUUUUUUGUAGUUCCAGUAAUACGUAAUGAAGAGUCUAUAGAAGUUGAUUGGAACUUUCUACAAGUUAUUCAACAAAGCAUUGCCAUGACACCUCAAUUUGUUAGUGAUGAAGACAGAAAGAAUCAAACUUUUGAUAAUAAUCGAUUUAAAGAUGCUGUUGUUAUGCCUUGGUAUAGGAAUCAAGAUCAACCACAAUACUUUUAUGUUGCUGAAAUUUGCUUUCAUUUGACACCAGAAAGUUCUUUUCCAGGCGAAAAUUAUGGCACAUUUAGGGAAUAUUAUUUUAAAAAAUAUAACAUUGAGAUUCAGAAUAAUAAGCAGCCAUUACUGGAUGUUGAUCAUACAAGCGCUAGACUCAACUUCCUUACACCACGUUAUGUUAAUCGAAAAGGUGUGGCACUUCCAACAAGUUCUGAGGAAACAAAACGAGCGAAACGCGAAAAUUUGGAACAAAAACAAAUUUUAGUUCCAGAACUUUGUACAGUUCAUCCAUUUCCUGCUAGUUUGUGGCGUGCAGCUGUUUGCUUGCCAUGUGUAUUGUAUCGUAUCAAUGCACUGCUUUUAGCUGACGAGAUUCGAAUGGAAGUUUCUGCUGAUUUAGGACUGGGUGUUUUGGAAGUUAAGGAUGAGAAUUUUGAAUGGCCUAUGUUGAAUUUUGGUUGGACACUUGCUGAUGUUUUAAAGAAAACUCGAGAAGCUAAAAUGAUUAAUGCACAAAUUGAUGAAAUUAAUAUUGAGCAUGAAAAUAAAGAAAAUGACAAUAAAAGUGAAGAAACUGCUGAAAAGGCUGAUCAAGAAAAGGAAAAUUUAGACACAGAGAAAACAGCCAACGAUAUACUCGAGGAAGCAGAUCAAAAAGCUAAAGGCGAGCAUAUUUUAGAAAUUGGAACUUGGUCAAAUGAAAUGGCACAAAAUUUAGAUGAAUUUGAUGAUGAAUUAGGAAUUUUGCCCAGUAAUUUAGAGAUGUGCUCAAGCCGGAAUAUCAGAUAUGGAUCCCCAACAUCAUGGAAUAUGGAGCCAUCAAUGGCACACACAAAGAUCACAAAUCAUUUCAAUGACAAUUACUAUGCAUCAGAUAGCGAUGAUGAUUUUGAUGAUGGCGAUGAUUAUGAAAGUAUUAAUGAUGGAGAAAUUAAUGACAGCAACGAAGAUGAGUACGGACUGAAAAUUGAAUUUAAGAAUGACCAUUUAGCAGAAGCAGUUGAGUCUGAAGCUGAAAAGAAGAGACGACAAAAAAGAAUUGAAUUUAUUAAUGAGACAAUUAUAAAUGAGAAGCGCUAUCAAAUGGCGAAAAAUAUAUCUAUUGGAUAUGACUUUAUUGACGAUACACAGCUGAUUGAUUUAGAAGAGAAUAUAAAGCUACACGAAGAAGUUUUUGAGAAAUCAACGACCGAAUUAAAGGCAUCAAUUCGAUCGAGUGGAAUUCUAGUGAAACAAGAUGAUAAAGUUCCAGCUAGAAUUCGAUAUAGUCAUAAAAAUAAUAAUAACAAUGAAUCUAUAAUUGACGAGGACAUUGAUUUAUUCCAACUAAUUCCAUAUUUAGAUAAAAAUGAGAUUUUAAGUGUUAUGGACCGAGAAAAUGUUUUAACGAUUGAUGAUCUUUAUGAGCUUAAUUCUAUGUAUGAGCAACGACAUUCCGACGAAGUGUUUGAGGUUGUUGGAUGUGGUGACUUGUUUGAUCACUUUGCUGAUCGAGAUAAGACCAAAAUGCUAGAAAAUGGACAGAAAACGAUAAAAUUAGAAAUUUCGAAUGAUUUAAAUAAAUUAAUUAAAAAGCGUGAAGAAAGUUCUGAUCAGAGAAAGUCACUAGACACAUUCCUUAAUCCUGUACCAAUUAUUCAGUCAUUGGUUCCUCUGCGCUUUAGUUUUGACCAUCAACCGGAUCUUAAUAAUCAUCCAGGACCAAAUCCGAGCAUUAUACUUCAAGCCUUAACUAUGUCCAAUGCUAAUGAUGGCAUAAAUUUGGAACGUCUUGAAACCAUUGGUGAUUCAUUCCUUAAAUAUGCAAUAACAACUUAUCUUUAUUGCACUUACGAGAAUGUGAAUGAAGGAAAAUUGAGUUACUUGAGAUCGAAGCAAGUCAGUAACUUGAACCUUUAUCGUUUGGGAAGGAAAAAGAUUUUGGGCGAAAGCAUGAUUGCGACAAAAUUUGAGCCUCAAGAUAAUUGGCUGCCUCCGUGCUAUUUUGUUCCUAAAGAACUAGAACAAGCUUUAAUUGACGCUAAGAUCCCAGUUUGUUAUUGGAAUUUGGCAGAUUUGCCAGACAUCAAGCAGCUGUCGAGUGAAAAAAUAUGCAGUUUAGUACGUGAGCGUGCUGAAAGAUUGGGAAUGUUGGACGAUAGCCUUGAUGAUGGCGACGAUGCAGCAGAAAAUGUAAACACAUCUCAAAUUCAAGCACACAUAAAGACACAACAAAAUGGAAAAGGGGAUCAAGCUACUGAUAACUUCCCAUGCUUUAUUCCAUACAAUCUAGUGACGCAGCAUUCAAUUCCAGAUAAAUCUAUUGCUGAUUGUGUUGAAGCAUUGAUUGGAGCUUAUUUGAUUGAUUGUGGAGCUCGUGGUGCUUUGUUGUUUAUGGCAUGGCUUGGAAUAAGAGUUUUACCAAUAAUUAAAGUUCCAUGCCUAGAAAAUAGAAUAGCAGGAAGUACAAAACCAGUUGAAGAAGAUGGACAGAUGAAGCAAAUAAUUUAUGGUCAUUGGAUGCCACCAAAAUCACCACUUUUACACUGCAUUCCUGAUGCUGAGAACACUUUAGAGCUAUUAUUGGAUGGCUUUCAACAAUUUGAGGUGGAAUUGGAUUACAAGUUCAAUGACAGAUCGUAUUUACUACAGGCUAUGACACAUGCUUCAUACACACCAAAUCGAUUAACAGACUGUUAUCAACGUCUAGAAUUUCUAGGGGAUGCAGUUCUCGAUUAUUUAAUUACACGUCAUUUGUAUGAAGAUCGCAGAUUACAUUCGCCUGGCGCUUUAACCGAUUUAAGGUCAGCCCUUGUCAAUAACACUAUAUUUGCAUCACUUGCUGUACGUCAUGGAUUUCAUAAAUAUUUUCGACAUUUAUCGCCUGCCUUGAAUGAAGUUGUCGAUCGUUUUGUACGAAUUCAGCAUGAAAAUGGACAUUGUAUUAGUGAAGAAUAUUAUUUAAUGUCUGAAGAUGAAUGUGAUGAGGCUGAAGAUGUAGAAGUGCCAAAAGCAUUAGGUGAUGUCUUUGAAUCUGUAGCAGGCGCAGUUUUUCUUGAUUCUAACAUGUCACUUGAUGCUGUAUGGAAGGUUUAUUAUAAAAUGAUGGGUCCUGAAAUCGAGCAAUUCAGUAGAUCAGUUCCUAAAUCACCAAUUAGAGAAUUACUUGAAUUGGAACCAGAAACUGCUAAAUUUGGUAAACCAGAAAAGUUGGCUGAUGGAAGAAGAGUUCGAGUGACGGUAGAAGUUUUCGGUAAAGGCAUCUUCCGUGGAAUUGGACGAAAUUAUAGAAUAGCGAAAUGCACAGCAGCCAAAUGUGCGUUGAGACAACUUAAAAAGAACAAUUUGAUCAACAAGAAGCAUGCGAAUUAAUUAUGUCAAACUUUCUAGUCUUUAAUAUGAGUAUCAUGAGAUGUUUAGGCUAUUAAGUUAUGCGACAAACUUUUAAAUAUUCCUAUUGAUGAUUCAGAAUAGCUGUUGUUAAUCGGAUAAAGUUACUAAGUUUAAAUUGUAAAUACAAAUCACGUAAUUUUUAAUAUAAUGACAUUAUUAAAUGACUAUCUUAAAGGUUUUAUAUUUCCCGUCUGACAAUUGAUGUAACACGAAAUUUAAAUAAAAAUGUAUGUUCACUUAAUGCAAUUUAAA